GGUAGUUGCACUUGCACAUCCAUGUCGGAUACUGCCUAACAGGAAACAACGACCUGCGAGUCAGAAGGCGCCUCUUCUCUGCUUGGCACCCAGAUCGCUCUCAGCCGUUGCCUCUUGUUCCAAGACUAAUUUAAGACAGCGCUUUGAAUGCUGAGUCUAGCGUGCUGGAGCUGGUUGUUGUGUAUGCCUUAAGAACACUGCUUAGUUAGUCCACAGAGGCUGGUUACAAUUUGGUUGUAGAACUGCACCAGAAAAACACGCCGUUUGGGUAAUUUUCUUUUCACCAAGCGAACUUUGAAGCAGGAUUUCAUCAUGGAUACAGCCAGCGACUCCAUCGGGGAAAGUAAGCCGGUGUGUCAGUGUGCCACCAAGUCUGCGGUGCAGCGGUGGCUGCCAGGUUUUCCCAUCGCUCUGUGCUUGCUGAUGUCCCUGAGCUCCAUCACAGUGUGUCUUCUGAUGAGCUUCAAGACCUUCCAGCUGGAGAACCGACUGCAGAUGGAGAUGGACAAAGCGUCCAUCUUCAGCCCGCCGCACAGGGCUUUUCUAAAUGAAGAUGGGACCCUAAUUCCAGAACUGAGCAGCCCAAUUGGGAAGCUCGUAAAAGAGGAAAUGGUGGUGCUGAUGCCGAAAAUGCGAACAACAAGGGAUGUUGGCCAAGAGUGCUCCUGUCCUCCAGGGCCUCCAGGAAAGCGUGGAAGGAUGGGAAGAAGAGGGGAACCUGGACCUCCUGGCAAGGCUGGACGGGAUGGAUACCCGGGUCCACUUGGCUUGGAUGGCAAACCUGGUUUACCAGGUCUGAAAGGAAGCCAGGGACCAGUUGGACCCAAGGGAGAAAAGGGUGACCAAGGAGACAUUGGGCCACGGGGGCCUCCUAACUACAACACAUUUGCAGGUCUGCACAGUAAUCAGAUUCUCACUGUCAAGGGUGACCAGGGCCAGACUGGACCCGCUGGUCCUCCCGGUCCCCCAGGUCCUCCUGGUCCCAGAGGCCCCCCUGGGAACACGGGCAAGGAUGGACCCCGUGGCCCUGCUGGAGAGCCAGGUUUUCCAGGUCGUGAUGGCGUUGUGGGACAGCAGGGAUUGCCUGGGAAGCCGGGAGAAGAUGGUGAGCCCGGCUAUCCAGGGCCACAGGGUCCCCCAGGGGCAAAGGGCGAGCCAGGUACAGGAGAGAAGGGAGAGAGAGGCAUGGAUGGACUCCCAGGACUAAAGGGUGACAAAGGGGAAAUAGGAGAACAAGGACCACAGGGCCCCAUGGGUUAUACUGGUGAAAAAGGCACUGCAGGUUCCUCAGACAUCAUCGACUUCAAUGGGAAGCUUCUAGAUGCUUUCCAGGCCAUCAACACCAUCAGUGUUUCGGGCCCCCCUGGACCACCAGGACCCCCAGGCCCUACAGGGGAAAAGGGUGAGCUUGGUUUACCUGGUCCAGCAGGAGUUGAUGGGGAGAAGGGACCUAAAGGUGACCUUGGGGAGACUGGACCACCUGGCGAGAGAGGGGAGAAGGGAGAGAUGGGCCUCUCUGGGCCUGCUGGUAUGGAUGGACAGAAAGGAGAGAAAGGCGACUGCAGACUGGAUGACAACCUGGUUCAGAUGAUUUCUCAACCAGGCCCACCUGGUCCACCUGGCCCUCAAGGAGUUCCCGGGUCCCCUGGAUCCAUGGGGCUGCAUGGGAUGCCUGGUCCUAAGGGGGAACCUGGAGCUGGGAUGAAGGGAGAAAAGGGGGACAUUGGAGCGACUGGAGCCAGAGGAGUAGAUGGCCUCCAGGGUCUACCUGGAUCUGCAGGGUUAGUCGGUCUUCCAGGUGCGAAGGGAGAAAAAGGCCGACCAGGGGAGCCUGGACUAGAUGGUUUUCCGGGUCUGAUGGGAGAGAAAGGCGACCGAGGGGAAAGAGGCGAGAAGGGUGACAGGGGAGCAGUGGGAAAGAGAGGUCUAAAGGGCCAGAAGGGAGAGCAGGGUCCUCCAGGUUUGGACCAGCCUUGUCCUGUGGGACAGGAUGGCCUGCCCAUACCAGGCUGCUGGCACAAGUGAUGACUAACCAGCAGCAUGGAAUCUGUACAUAUUGAUCUGGUAUAUAUUGCAACUGAAUACUACAACAAACAACCCACUCCCUUUUUUCCCUUUUUUAUCAAAACGUUUAUAUAAUAUAUUGAGAUUUUUUAACAAGGACAUUUUUGAGUCUACAGUAUUAUGAAAACUUUUUAAAACUAGAGAUCCAGUGUUGUUAAGAAUGCAGAUGGCUUUUGAAGGCAAGAAACUGAACUGGCAGUGGGACUCUUACUUUGAAGGACAGUCCAGAUGACAGUGUUGAAGUGGAGGAUUGCCUUACUAACAAAGUCUGACUUGCUGCCUGAUUGUAUGAACGCUGUUUGAGAAUGACAGUGUGUGCACUCACCUGGUCUCACGGAUGCUGAGAUUGGAUGGAUGGACAGACCUCUUGGCAGAUGGAGGAGUGUGGGUCAGUGCUCUCUUCUCCUCUUUGUGUUUUCUGAAAGGAGGAGAUGGCGAGGCAGAAGCUCAAGCGCAAGCGUCUCUCUCAGCCCUGAAGGGAUGCGGGGCCUGGUGGAGAAAGGACACACUGACAGGCAGAGAGCGUGAGGGGCAGAUUGGCCUUUAUGAAGCAGAGAGAGCCAUGUAAUGCCUCAGUGUCAUACUGAACACUCAGAUCCUCUGUUAUGGAAACUCUCCAGGAGGGGGCGACAGAGAACACUGCUUUUCCACAUUCACCUGGAAAGAGAAGACACAUGUGGCUGAUGAUGUGGAGCAAUAGCUUGAUAACCAGUUGAAGUCGUUUGGGAGGCAAUGAUGUCACUGGCACAUAAGGAAGGAUUUACUGCACAGAUACAUUGAACAUGUUUUGGUGAUCUCUUGUAUGGCUCUUUAGCAAAGGUUUUCACUAAUUCAAUGCAUGAUCAUAACAAGGCACAGUGUUGUUUAGCAUCCUGCCAGCUUGUAUGACUUGUGGUCCCUCAUUGAAACAACAAAUGACAGUAAAUUCAUUUUCAUUUUCAAUAAGCAGUCUUUAAUAGUCUUUCCAUUUGAGCAAGCCACUCAGAAAAGUCAGUAAGUCAACCUUUUUUUUUUUUUUUAAGGCUUACACUUCCAGCAGUGGUGACUUGUGUGUUGUUUAUUUUUAUUCCGUAAUAUACUUAUCUUAUUUUGUCCAGUUACAUUUUGCAUUCCUGUGCAUCGACAUGUUUGUGAAAUAUAUAGAUAGUGAAACUUCAAGACCAGACUUGAAGGAACCAUUCACAGUAUUCAUGUUCAAUCAGUGUUUCCGUGUUUCAACCAGGGAGCAAGUCAGCUCCAACAUUAGACUGGUUCUGUUUUAGUUGCCUUAACAAAUGAUUGUCAAUCAAAUUCUUUUCUUAAUAGUUUUCAAUGUGACUGAUAAUUAUCUUUUAAUCACAGAUGAAGACAUGUUUAAUUACUGUUGCCAUUUUUACUGUUGUAAGUUCUUGCUGCUGACUUGUGUGUUUUGUUUGUUUGAUAUUUUUUGAACCAAUAUUAGUCAUUUGGACUGAAGGACUAACAGACUAAAGUAUGAGAAUUGAAACAAAUGUCAUUGAUUUUUUUUUUAAUUUUAUUUUGGUAAUUAUUCAUUUUAAUUCAGCAAUACAUCUUAGUACAGUGGUUUAUAAUUGUCAGUUAUAAUGCAUAUUUUUUUGUGUUUUUUCUUUCAUCUAUCACAAGAAGUUUUAAUCUUUGUCAUGCAUUUUUCUCAGAUGGAAUAAUUUCUUGGUGCUUAAAUACUUUUAAAAACUCUUAUAUACCUGUUUAAAGCUCUACUUUGCAUACACAUGCAAACUAUGCUUGGCUUAACUACACUCAUGUACACACAUACACAUGCAUCAUUGUUUAAAGAAAUGUAGAACAUAGGAAAAAAACUUUACUUCACUGAUGUACCAUUAACUAUUGUCAAAUAUUUACACGACAAAGGUUAGAUGGAAUUACAUGGAAUCAUUAUUUGGUUCUGCUUACAUGUGUAGAAUUAGGCCUACAUUUACAUUAAUGGGAAAUGGUAUUACUUUUUCUUAGUGGACAUUGAUAGUCUAUUAGUUGCACUCUUUUGAUACAAUAUGAAUAACAUUAAGCAGUCAUGAUCAGGUUAAUCCCAAGUCAUGACUGACUUGCAAUGAUUUACAAUAUUUUCAUUGUUAACCUGAAUAAGAACCAUCACAAUACUUAAUUGGUUGAUUAUCUUCAAUCACAAUCAGCAUGCAUACAUCUCUAAUUCCAAUUUUUGCCCACAAUCACAAACACUGCAUCAUUUUCAAAUUUCAAACAGUAACAUUAAGUAAUAUUAUGGUUGUUUGUUGUUUUUAGUAUGAUUUUAGAUGGGAUCUUGAAAUGAAUCAGAAGAACACAAAUAGAUAAGUGAUGUGUGAAAAAGUGAAAAUGGAAUUUGCCAUUGAAUUUGUUCAUAGGCCAAUUUAGGAGAAGGACAACAGUGUUAAUACAUUACAUUGGUAAUACUGACUUCCUAUUUGUUAUUAAAAAUAUCCGAUGGCUGACCGGUAAACUGGCUCACUUCAUAAUGCAGGCCACAUUUCACUGCACUGCAUAGUUCCUGUUUAGGUCUGAAAUGACUUUAGUCAGUUUUGCAAAGAUCCCUUUACAUUAUAUCUGCCAAUGUUGCUGCCAUGACAUCACACAAUUCAAUUUCCACAUCAGUGGAAUAAUCUAGUUGUGAAGUCCUGCUAAUUUUUUUCUACUUCAGAGGAGUUUUGUAAGAAAUAUCAGUGCAUCACUUAAUAAACCUAUACAGUACAACUUGUUUAUGAAGUUAAAGGUAUUCUAGAAAUGCUCUCUAUGAAACGAAAAUCUGUAAAUGAGUUGCAUAUCAAUAAGUCAAGACAGAAUAGAUGACAUACAAACUUUAUUUGAGAAUCGUGUUGAGUGAGAAAAUCUUUUGAAAGCAGAGUGGUUUAACUGCAAAUCACGCAGGCCAUGGCAUUAUUUUACUGGAAGCUGAUGGUUAUCUGUCACUUAACAUUAUUAUAUGUGUUUAUUUCUUUUGCAGAUUCUAUCAGUUUCAGUUUUAAGGCUUAAUGAAGUCAAUAAAUGGCACAAUAUCUAAAUACAGUUUGGCGUUUUAGCAAACCAUAUAUCACAGUAUUAGCUUGACUUUGUGAGAAUGUUUUUCGGUUGUGUAUUUGGUUGUAAAAGAAUUAAGCUAUUUUUGUAAUUACUUGUCUAAAUAUGUAUAACUUGAAAUCUGGUUAACUAAACAUGUAGACUGAAAUAAACUUUCUGGUUUAUGG